AUGUAUCUGAACCAAGAGGAGCUGGACCCGGUGACCCUCCAUAACCAGGCCCUGCUGCACAUGGACUCUAAGCCCAGCGAGGGCUUUGAGAAGCUGGCCUUCCUCCUGCAGCAGCCCUCCUUCCCCCCGGUCACCUUUGGAAACCUGCUGCUGCUCUACUGCAAACACGAGUAUUUUGACCUGGCUGCAGACGUCCUGGCAGAAAACGCUCAUCUCACCUACAAAUUUCUCUCUCCAUACAUGUAUGAGUUUUUGGAUGCACUCCUGACCUGCCAGACAGCACCAGAAGAGGCUUUCAGGACAUUUGAUGAAAUGAACGGAAAACUGACGGAGCAGCUUCGUAAAGUGGCCAAACAGCUCCAGGAGGCUCAUUUGGCUCGAGACGAUGAAGGCCAGAAGAGGGCGCUGCAAGAGUACGACCAGAUGCUGGAGAAGUACAUCGUGGUGCUCAUGGCUCAGGCUAAAAUCUACUGGAACCGAGAGAACUUCCAGAUGGUGGAGAAGAUCUUCCAUAAGUCUGUGGAGGUCUGCAAUGAAGACGACACGUGGAAACUGAACGUGGCUCACGUGCUGUUUAUGCAGAACAAAUACAAGGAGGCCAUAGGCUUCUACGAGCCCAUCGUCAAGAAACACUAUGACAGCAUCCUGAACGUGAGCGCUGUGGUGCUGGCAAACCUGUGUGUGUCCUACAUCAUGACCAGCCAGAAGGAAGAGGCGGAGGAGCUGAUGAGGAAGAUCGAGAAAGAGGAGGAGCAGAUUUCAUAUGACGACCCAGAUAAGAAAGUGUUCCACCUGUGCAUCGUCAACCUGGUGAUCGGGACGCUGUACUGUGCAAAAGGAAACUACGACUUUGGCAUCUCCCGAGUCAUUAAGAGUCUGGAGCCCUACAACAAGAAGCUGGGCACAGACACGUGGUUCUAUGCGAAGCGCUGUUUCCUGUCUCUGCUGGAGAACAUGUCCAAACACAUGGUCAUGCUCCGAGACGCCGUGGUCCAGGAGUGUGUGCAGUUCCUCCAGCACUGUGAAGUUUACGGUAAAGAGGUGCCGGCGAUCAUCGAGGCCCCGCUGGAGGAGACGCACGUUCACAUCGGUAAAAACACCGUCACGUACGAGGCGCGAGUUUUAAAAGCGCUUUUUCACGAUGUCACUGGGUGGAACAAGUGAAUGGACCAAUGACUGAAGCGGAAACCGACUGAAACAUGAAUGAAGAUGCUCAAAAGACCCGGAGAUUAAGUUUGAUACUUUACCCUCAACUAAAUCAAAC